CAUGAUUUUCGGCGAGCGUCUGCCGCCCAAAAUUGUCGGGAUCCAAUAUCAAGAGUUACCCGGCGUGCCCCCUCCCGCCCCCGAGACGCAAUCCAACGACGAGUUCGAUGCGGAUGAGACCAAAUACAAGCGGAAGCCGUCCGACAAACUCAGUCCGUGGUACGUGCUCGUGAUCUUGGCCUAUUGUCUGUCCAUCUACGGCCUGGUCCUAUUGGUCGAUCAACGGCUGCCCGUGCCCUUGACUUUAUCCGAUGCGCCCCACCAACCCGAAGCCUUUAUUGAGGAGCGGGCUCGGCUUUACCUGAAGCAACUCACGCGAGUGGGACCUCGACCCGCGGGUAGCUACGAAAAUGAAGUCCUCACGGUGGACUUUCUGAAGCGCGAGAUCCAAGCUAUUCAAGAGCGUACGCCAGAACCGCACCGGAUUCUUUGGGACAUCCAGAAGCCGCGGGGUUCGUUCAAUCUGCAGUUCUUCGACGGGGUGACCCAUCACUAUCGCAACAUUCAAAACGUGAUCGUCAAGUUCGAGUCGGGCUUACCCGCCCCCGACGCCCUGCUCGUUAAUUGUCACUUCGACUCGGUGCCGGAGAGUCCAGGCGCUAGCGAUGAUGCCGUGAGUUGUGCCAUCAUGCUAGAAAUCUUGAGCAUCUUGUCCCAAUCCAACCAGACUCUCCGUCACAACGUGGUGUUCCUCUUCAACGGGGCCGAGGAAAAUCUAUUACCGGGGAGUCACGGAUUCAUCACCCAACAUGAAUGGGCCAACGAGGUCCGAGCCUUUGUCAACUUGGAGGCCUGUGGGGCCGGGGGCCGAGAAUUGGUCUUUCAAUCCGGGCCCAAUCACCCGUGGAUGAUCGAGGCCUAUGGGAAAGUGGCCGUCCACCCGUUUGCUUCGGUCAUUGGCGAAGAGAUCUUCCAGUCGGGAAUCAUUCCGGGGGACACGGAUUUCAGGAUUUUCCGCGAUUACGGCAACAUCCCGGGCCUGGAUAUUGCCUACAUGAAGAACGGAUACGUGUAUCACACCAAAUACGACACCGAGGAGAUGAUUCCUCCAGGAUCGAUUCAACGAGCCGGGGACAACAUCUUGGCUCUGGUUCGUCACCUGGCCAAUGCUGAAAUCUUGUCGCACACCCAAGAUGCCAAAGACGGGAGUGUGGUGUUCUUCGACAUUCUGGGCAUGCUCUUGGUUCACUAUCCAGAGCAUCUCGGCUACGUGAUCAAUUUGAUCGUGGUUGGCUUCUCAUUGGCGGCCACCUACAGGAAGAUCUCAAAGUCCUACCAAUGCGGGGUGUCCAAGGAGGUCUACAUUCGACAAUUGGGCUAUUCUUGGGUAAUUCAGUUGGCCGCGGCCAUCACGGCCUUCGUCCUGGUCACCAUGAUCGCCACGCUCUUGGAUGCAUUCAAUCAUUCAAUGUCGUGGUACACCCGGACUUACCUCAUAUUCUUCUUGUAUGUGUGUCCCACUCUGUUCGCUGUGAUUGCCGUCUUCAAUUUCGCCUUGCCUCGUCAAAGAAAGUUUUUCCAAUUUGCCGACGGAGCCUGGGUGAUCGAGUCGUUGUACUUCGAAGUGAGCCGACUCAUCUGGACCUUGUACACGUUGGUGAUGACGUUGUUGCGACUCAAGUCCUCGUUUCUCUGCAUGUUGUGGGUCCUGUUCCCAUUGAUUGGGCGGACCGUGUCCGAAAGGUUCUACGAUCGAUCCGCGGCCGAUAAGAAGCCAAAGGAUUGGAAAUGGGUGGCCAUCCUCCUGAUCUCAAUCUCGUUUCCGAUGUUGUUGAACAUGAAGCUGAUGCACUCGGCCUUUGUCAUGUUCAUCCCAAUCAUGGGCCGAUCCGGCUCGGUGCUCAAUCCCGAUCUCAUCAUCGGCUACAAGACCGUGGCCCUCACCCUAGGCACCUUGAGCUUUUUGUGUCCCCUGACCAUGGUGGUUCGUCGCACGUCCUCAAUCCUCACCGCCUUGUAUAUGACGGUGAUCUUGACGUGUCUGGCGGUGCUGUUCACCCCAUUGGGAUUCCCAUUCUCGGCGGACAAGUCCUUUCCCACACCUCAUCGAGAUCUCAUCAUUCACACCUCUCGCGAGUUCUACGAUCAGUCGGGGUCGAUGAUCAAAACGGAUGCAGGCUACUUCGUGUUCAAUUUGGACCGGCACUCCCCCAAGGUGCUCUUCAAACACGUGCCCGAAUACUUCAAUCUGGUCGAGAUAGGAGACCUCGAGUGCGAGAAGCACUUGUUUUGCGGCAUGCCCAUCUACUACCCGUGCACCACCAUGCUCAAGAUCAACCACUGGUUGCCCGCACGCGCGCCCAAGAUGCAACACAAGGCCACCGUCGAGCUGGUCACCACCGAGUCCUCGGGCUCCCACCAGUACAAGCUCUUGUUCCGCGUGGCCGGACCCGACCACAUUGGCAUCUACUUUGCGCCCGAGGAGAACGUCCAGCUCAUCAACUGGAGCUUCGACGAGGGACACAUCCUCACCGGGCCCAUUUGGAAGGAUAAUCGGCCCACCCACUACAUCUUCUACUCCCACGGGCUCUCCAUGUCCACGUGGGAGUUCUGGAUUGAGCUCAAGGUUCCCCGCACUUUCGUGGCCGGGGUGUCGCCCUUCCUGGAUUUGGCUGUAACGGGACACUAUUUGCACGGACAUAGCAUGAAGGACGUGAACUUCAAACGCUUCCUGGCCCAGUUCCCGGACUGGUCGUUCCCAGUGGGAUGGACCGCCUCCUACGCAUCCUAUAAGUUCUAGUCCGAGCUCACUCCAGUCGAUUUUUAAUCAGGAUCGCCUUCCUGAGCAAUAUCCUCCCAUAAUAUUCAUAAUAUUCAUAAAAUUCCCAUGAUUCCCGCGAUUGAAUAAUUCGUCCAUACUCAAGUCGCUCUCGUCGACCAAAAUCCGGGCCCUCAAAUCAAAUUGCGUCCCAAAAAAAUGAAAAGAAUUGUCCUAUUUAGAUUGAUUACUGAGCGUGAUGCUGUCCCUAUCCCAUAGGUCCUUCCAUGAACAUUAAAUCUUUACGAUGACACUA